AUGGCAUCAUCAACAGUAUCAUCGGAAGUCUUGUGCGUAGUGUGCAAUAGAAGAAAAGGAAGUUUCAAAUGUGAAGGAUGUUUACGCAUGUUUUGUCCAAAACAUUCAAAUGAUCAUCGAAAUGAUUUGAGUAAACAAUUAGAAGAAAUCGUUGUAGCACAUGAUCUUAUGCAACAAACUCUUAUUCAACAAAUUGAAGAUCCUCAACAACAUCCUCUGGUAAAAAAAGUUAACCAAUGGGAACAAGAAUCUAUUGUCAAAAUUCGACAAGUGGCAGAAGAGGCUAGGAAUAAAUUAGUCAAAACUACUACUGAGCAUACAAAUAAGAUCAAACAAAAACUGAACAAUUUAUCUGAUGAAUUACGACAAGCUCACGACGAUAACGACUUUAUCGAGAUUGAUUUACAAAAAUGGACAAAAAAACUAGAAGAACUAAAAAAAGAACUUUAUAAUCUAACAACUGUUACUAUUGAAGAAGAUUCUACUCCACUUGUUUUCAAGAUUCUUAUCGAUUGUCAUAAUUCAUCUGAUGUAUUCCAGCGUGUUUGUGGUAUUGCUCAAAUAAAAGAGAAUGGCUGUCUUAUUGUGAAAGAUGGGGUAGAUGACCACAGAGAAAUACGUGGAAAAAAAGAAUAUAUAUCUGGACAGCACAUUCUUCGUUUUCAAAUUGAACGUCUAUUUGGAAAUCUAUGGAUAUUCUUUGGCAUCAUCUCGAAAUUCGAAUCUAUGCAAUUAUAUUCACAUAAUUCGCCGUCGAGUUAUGGAUGGACCACUCAUAAUCAAAUCUACGCCGGUGGUCAAUGUAGGUGUGAACAAACAAGUGAUGCUAUCGAAAAUGAUAUUGUUACGUUGUCAAUUGACUGUGAUCAAAGAAGAAUUAUGCUGAAAAAUGAACGAACAAAUCAUGUCAUGCAGCUGUCAAUUGACACCACUUUAUGUCCCUUUCCAUGGCAAUUUCAUCUUAAUCUUUAUGAUUCACUUACUCGUGUACGCAUUCUCUCUGUUCAUUCGAUUAAAAACUAG